CGACCCCGAGUGAAAUUGACCAAUGGGAGCGUGCGACACGGAAAACGGCAUUUCCCCCGCCAUAUUUGUUGUCUAGCGCUAGGCCUUAACUUUAAGAAAUGAUUUGUUUUUUUUACAUUUACCUUGCUCCUAUUAACACACAUUUAGGCGUUUGUGCAGCAGGUCCCGUGUUUUUUUUUACACCUUUACUUUGCUUUUUAUUUGGAGAUGACGGAGAAGCAGUCCGUUAUUGCGAAGUCGCGCAAGAGAGCGUUCGUGAGCAUUGACGGUGAAGAGGACGAGCAGUCUCGACAAGGCAAAGCAAAAAUAUUCAGACAAGACAAAAUCCUCGAGGGCGUGCGCUUGACCGGCACCUCGGUGACGGAUAGCGCCAAACGUCUUGUGUCAGGUGCCGUGAGCUGGAUGUCGGCACGUCUCCCAGCCUUCGGCAGUUACCUGUGGCUGCAGUCGUCGGCGCUGAUGGCGCGCCGCCCUGUCGGGUUGUCGUCGUUCCCUGGGAGAGUGGAGAGCGAUGCGGGGAGCAGUUCGGUGGCGGCACAGUCCGGCACGAGGGAGGACGGGGCGGCACUCGCAUCGGUUGCUACGGGUGGAGGCACCACGUCAAGGGGCCUUGCCGCAGAUGGACGGCGGCAGAAAGGGGAUUUCUUAAACAGCGAUUGCAAGACUGUUUUGCAUAAGAGUUGUAUUUCAUCAUCACAUAUACAAAACAGUUUCCCACCGCUGGGCCAAGCGAGGACAAAAGCUGACUUGGAAAUCCAUGAGCCGCCAAGACACACCACCACACCUUUGCAAAUCAAAGUGUUGUCAACCCAAAGAGAGCAGACCAACUCUAUAGGUUAUUGGGGUGACGCAAAGCCAGUCGUGAGCAGGAACCCCAUUCAGAGAAAUAAGUUGUACUCGUCAGGGAGCCACGUUUACCAGUCAAAUAAAACUCCAGUGCAUAAUCACUUGAAUCACUCCACCCACAGGAUGUCAGACAGCAAACCAAAGAGUUCAGAGAAGCAGCCACAGCAGCACCAGCCACCGCAACCACCAAAAGAGAAUCCAUUCAAGUCUGUGUACGACAAGGCGUUUUCACCAAUCCCACAGUCCACGCGUUCUACGCAGACGUCUCGCUCUUUUAUACCUAAGGGCACGAAUCGCCGAUACCCAACCACACUGCACCAGAUAAUCCGACACGAGGAGCACAAGAAGUACCAGCAGCUGGUGGAGAUGUACAGCUCAAUGGGACGGGGGGACUCCAUGUCAUUGCCGUGGCUUCGGCCUCUUCUACCCAGCAAUGGCACGCUUGGCAGUGGCAGUGCCCUCUGCUCUCCAUCCAAUUCCACCGUGGCAUCCUCCGCAACGUCCCCCCGUGCCGAUGAAGAGUCACCCCGAGUCAGCCCAGAGCCACACGGGGCCCAGAGAUUGGAACAGUCAUCAGCCUCACACUCAACAGGGUCUACAAGCUCGGAUUCUCUCAUCUUUGUGAAGAUGUUCCCACCUAAGCCGAUGAAACCAAGCUUUUCAGCCGUCCUUCAAAACAGUCUCACCGAGUCUGAACAGUGGCUCAAAAACAUAAAGAGUAAAUACGAUGGCAUCACCAAGGAUAAAGGCCGACACAUCUUGGAGGAAACAAUCAAGUCCCAACUUUAUGAGGAAAGGAGGGCCCAGCAGGAGAAGGACCUCUCCGAGCAGAUCCGGGAGCGGCUGCUGCUGGCGGAGCGGGCGCCGGCGGUGGUGGAGGAAAUCCCAGAGCCCGAGCACGUGGAGGAGGAGCGAAUCGAGGACGUCGAGUUUCCUCCGCUCACCGAGGAAAUGGAGGAGGAGAUUGAUCGGGCGUUUGGCUAUGGGAGUACGGACGAAGUGCUGUCCGAGGCUUUCCGUUUAUCCAUCACGCGGAAGGACAUCAAGACCUUGCAGCACCUCAACUGGCUAAAUGAUGAGGUUAUCAACUUCUACAUGAGCCUCAUAAUGGAGCGAGGCAAAGGUGAGGGCAAGGCCACGGUGCACGCCUUCAACACAUUCUUCUACCCACGCGUGAAGAGCGCCGGCUUCCAGGGGGUCAAGCGAUGGACCAAGAGGGUGGACGUCUUCCAGUUUGACCUCGCGCUGGUGCCUAUCCACCUGGAUGUGCACUGGUGCCUCGCCGCGAUCAACUUCAAAAAGAAGACCUUGACAUACUACGAUUCCAUGGGCAAUAGCAACAAUGAAGUCUGUAAUAUCUUGAUGCAGUACCUCAGGGAAGAGAGUAAGGAUAAGAAAGGACAGCCCUUUGAUAUCACAGGCUGGAAAACAUACAGCAUGAAGCCGAAUGAGAUCCCCCAACAGAUGAACGGGAGUGACUGUGGCAUGUUUGCCUGUAAAUAUGCAGACUACAUUACCAGGGAAAAGCCCAUCACCUUCACACAACAACAUAUGCCGUACUUCAGAAGAAGAAUGGUUUGGGAAAUAAUUCAUCAGAAGCUACUCUGAGUCCCCUUGCUGUGGGUGGAGCGUCCUCCUUUCGCAUGCCCUCCAUGUGCCCAGUGGAAGAUGUCGCUCAUUGCAUUGCGGUGCACAAGGCACAGUGUUUUAUGCUGUGCUUGCAUUUUCUGUGUACUAAAAUGUCGUGAGAAUUGAUAUUUCUGUAAAAAAAAAUGCUGUACAUAUUGUAUUUUCAUGGAAGUGCUUCAUUUUGGGAGUCUUUUAAACAUUUCUGGCAUCACUUUGAUUGAGAUAUAAAUGAGUGCAGGGUUUGUAGUUGAGUUUAGAUCUUUUUUUUUAUAUAUAUGCAAAUAAUUUUCUACGGUUGUAGGCAUAAAUAUUAAUCUCGAAAGGAAACAUGUCUACUGGGUCAUUAAUAUAUUCGAGAAAACCGUUGAGGUUGAAAACAUCAAUCGAUCUCCAUCGUUACUUUAUUGGUUUCUAUUUUUGUUCAACUUAGAAUUCAAAUUCAGUUUAAAGUCAACAUGAAGCGUGAAUACAAUUUAUUGCAAUAUGCAAUGGUUAUCGGAUCUUUGGAAAUGUUAACGGGGGUACACAGUGUAGGCACUCCUUCAUUAAGUAUUUGACAGGAAACGUUGGAUUACCCUCUAUUGUGCUGUGUUAUUUUUCAAAGACGUUUAAUCCAGUAUUUAAAAAAAGGUUUUUGAUUGUACUUUUACAGUCAAACUUUACACAAACUGCACAAUUACAAUUAUACUUUCUUUUCAUCUUAUUACCAAGUUUCGAUAAUUACUUUAUAAAGCAUUUCAUAGAAAAUAAGUGAUGUAAUGCAAUUAAAUUAAGCUUAAUUAAAAUGUUUUACUGUGGGAACUAAUUUAUAUUCUUUACAUAAGGCACACUUUCCACUGAAGUUGUGUUACUGUGGGCAAUACAACGAACAUUCCAAAAGAAAUACAAUAAGUAAAGUAGGAACAGGGAGGCACAAAUGAGUAUAAAUAGUUUAUUUAUGUUCAUACUGUGUAGUCACAUGUAUAUUUUUUGUAUGUUAUCUCAUUCGUUUUCUUUUUUUGCUAAUGGAGAACGAGUUGAUACUUUAAAUGUGUUUUACACGUUAUGGUGUCUCGCUAAAGUGUUUGUACACGUGUGUGUCAUUGUUGCCAUUGAAGACUUGUACUUUUUACACGAAAACGACAUUAAAUAUAUAAUAAAUGUAUAUUGUGAAAAAUAGA